UCCUCCCCUCCAGCUUCCGGCGAACAUCUCUCAUCUCUCAUCUCUCCUCUCUCCUCCCUCCUCCCUCCCACGGGUUCCGCUUCCUCUUCGUCUUCCCUCUCCUCUUCUUCUCGCUCUUGCCCUCCGGACCCGCGUGUGUACAUACAGUGCGCGCAAAGCAAUCCCAUCCCUUCUGUGAAUUGUCUGUUCCCCUGAUAGUUCCGGUGUCCAAUUGGGUACUGGUCCCGAUUGGAGGCUCUCGGGGACGUGGCUUGUUGGGAUACGGGGGCGCGUGGGGGGAUUGUUGGGUUUGCGUGUUGGUUUUGGCUUCUGUUGCUGUCGAAACUUCUGGGUCUGUGGAGAUAUGUGCGAUUUGGAUAUUGGGUUUUCGAUCGUUUAGCGUUUCGGGGGGAGGGCGUGUGUGUUUGUGCCUGAAUUUGGCUUGGAGUGGAGGGCCAAAGAUGGUUCUUUGACUGUGAAGUUGGGUUUUUUUUCUGGUGUGAAGGUUGUGUUGUUCCUUGCCACUUUUGGGUUUUAUUCGGACUUGUAGUAAUAGUACGGGGUCUUUGAUUGAUUUGUUGUCGAACAUGGGUGGCGUUGCUGGAUUCUGAGUGAGCAUCAGCUCGGGUUGUGUGGAUUUGGCGGCAACUGUUGGUCAGGAAUUUUCGAUCCUGUUUUGGUGUCGCUUGAUCGAGUCGAACAGGACGCUGAAUUGUCUUGGGGCUAGAGAAAAAUUUUAAGUUAAAGAGACCGAGACUUGGUUGUGUUGACUGUUGAGCAACUUUCGUUGAGUUAGGAUGGUGGAAUCGGUUGCUACGACUUCUCUUCUCGGGCAUCGGGUGUUGUAUGGCGGAAUUCCUGUCAAGGAUGCCUCUUGCAGGAGGAGAUCCCCUGAUAUGUGUCGGUUUCCUCCAACCGCAUUCUUAGGAAGAAGGGUGGUCACUUCUGUCUUGCCCAGGGUGCGAGUCGAUGCAGCAUUAGUUUCUUCAAUUAAGGCGCUCGCCAUGGAGUUGACAAAAGAGGCAUAUUCGUACAGGGAAGAAGAGAGAAUUCCACGGAACUUGAAUUAUGAGACUGGCUUGGAUGUUGACAGGAAGCCUGGUUUGUGGCCGCCUGAGAAUAGAGCCGAUGAUCCUUCACUACAUAACCCAUUGCUUCGACAAGAACGGAUGGGUUGUGGUUGGUUAGGUGCCAUUUUUGAAUGGGAGGGUGUUUUAGUCGAAGACAAUCCAGAUUUCGAGAAGCAAGCUUGGCUGGCUCUUUCUCAAGAAGAAGGGAAGUCCCAUCCUCCCACUUUUAUCCUCCGGAGGAUAGAAGGCAUGAAGAAUGAGCAAGCUAUCUCCGAAGUUCUUUGCUGGUCGAGAGAUCCGGCUGAGUUGAGGAGAAUGGCUGCAAGAAAGGAGGAGAUUUACCAAGCUUUACAGGGAGGAGUUUACAGGUUACGAGAUGGGUCAAGAGAGUUUGUCAAUGUUCUGAUGCAUUACAAGAUACCGAUGGCACUGGUCUCCACCCGCCCCAAAAAGGUUGUCGAAAAUGCCAUCGGUGCCAUUGGUAUUAAAGGGUGUUUCAAUGCCAUUGUAGCUGCUGAGGACGUUUACAGGGGGAAGCCCGAUCCCGAGAUGUUCGUGUAUGCGGCGCAGCUUCUUCAGUUCAUACCCGAGCGCUGCAUCCUGUUUGGCAACUCUAAUCAGUCGGUCGAGGCUGCCCAUGAUGCACGGAUGAAGUGCGUGGCUGUCGCUAGCAAGCAUCCCAUGUUUGAACUUGGGGCUGCAGAUCUGGUGGUCAGGCAUUUAGACGAGCUCUCAGUGGUUGAUCUGAAGAACCUUGCCGAUACUGAAAUGGCAGAGUUCGGUUCGAGGGAGCUGGAGCUGGAGAUGGAGGAAGAGGUAGAAACCGACCCAGAUAGGUCAUCCCUGGCAACCGUCGACGAUAAUUUCUGGUAAACUUCAAUUGAAUGUACAGUCAUAUCUAAGUACAAAUAUAUAUCACUUUUCUGAUUCUUGAUGAUGGCAAUCCCACGAUAGCCCAUGUAUAAGGGGGCAAAAGAAAAAGAAAAUAGAAAAGAAAAGUUGGUCUGCAUUGGACUGACUUUUCAUUUUAUCAUGUACUAUACUGUGAUUAUAUGUACAAUGCUCUGUAGCUAUUCAAAACUGCUUGUUACCCACUUGUUCUGAUUCAAGAAUAUGUGAACCUCUCACGACAUUAUUUGGCC